CAUCCCACAGGUUUUUUCCGACUGUCUCCGAAUUCCGCCAUGGCUACGUACCAGUUCCAAAGAAUCCUGCUCUUGGCUGUUGUGAUAACUAACAGUUUCCGGUUCAACGCAGCCACAUUCGAUCAACCAGAUCCCAGGGAACAAAUGGAUGCCUCUCCGAUUUGCGUCCGACGUCCGUACAUGUUCAAAGUCAAGCAGGAAGAUUCCCAUGGCCAUUCCUGCUGGGAUGUUGUCACCGUCACUUCUUGCUGGGGUCGCUGUUCAUCUAACGAGAUAGCAGAUUGGCGUUUCCCGUUCAAACGUUCGCAACAUCCAGUCUGCCAGCACGACACAACCCAAUCGCGUGUGAUCACUUUGAGAAAUUGUGAUGAGCUAGUUGAGCCGGGCACAGAAUCGUACGUGAUCUUGGAUGCUGUUACCUGUCGCUGCGAACUUUGCCGUUCUGACAUAACCAGUUGCGAGGGUCUGCAUUACGACCGACGGACGGCAACCCGUCGUCUCCAUUAGGACGGCCAUUCAUCGAAUUACAAGAGGGCAACUCAGCGAUGUCAAAUCUUUCACACUACUCUUCUCCCAAAUAAAUGUGUAUAUUCUAUACUUAAUUAUUUGUAAACUC